AUGCGUUAUACGAGCGUUCUCGCUGCCGCUUUGGUGGCGCCGCUUGUUGCUGCUCAUGGAGGUGAAAUUCCUGGAGCCCCAAAGAUCUUUGGUCUCCCCAAGAACCUGAGGAGGUACCCCCCUGUCGCCCAUGCCGUUCGUAGUGCUGCCGAGUCCCACGAGGCUCACCAACUUGAGGCCCGCCAGGGUGGCCAGGACGGUCGUUGUGGUCCUUCGUUUGGUGGGGCUUCAUGUGCUGCAGGCUACUGCUGCUCCGGUUCCGGAUACUGUGGUACUUCUGCGGACCACUGCAACGCUCCGGACUGCCUCUUCCAGUAUGGCCCAGCUUGCGACGCCAACAAGACUCCCGCCGGAAGCACUACCCGCAACGAUGCUCGUCCCCAGAAGGGGGCUGUAGAGUAUGGUACUGCUAUCUACAAGUGCAGGAAGGCUGGAACGGUUGCCAUUACUUACGACGAUGGUCCAUACUCUUUCACCAAUGAAGUCCUUGAUCAGUUCAAAGCCGCUGGUGCCAAAGCAACUUUCUUUGUCACCGGUAUCAACAUCGGCAAGGGAGCCAUCGACGAGGUUGCUACAUGGUCAGCCAUGAUUAAACGUAUGGUUGCCGAGGGUCAUCAAGUUGCUAGUCACACAUGGUCCCACCAGAACCUUGAUCAGAUCACCGAGGCGCAGAUCUACGACCAGAUGGUGAAGAACGAGAUGGCCAUCCGUAACAUCAUUGGAAAAUACCCCACCUACAUGCGUCCUCCCUACUCUGCUUGCGUGGGAGCAACGUGUCUAAAGGUCAUGAAGGCCCUUGGUUACGUCGUGUCGUACUUCGACCUCGAUACUGAUGACUACAACCAACUCACCACCGAGAAGAUCCAGGUCGCCAAGAACAACUUCAAGAACGGUGUCGAUGCAGCCAAGACCGACCAGUACGGUAACCACAGGCUCGCUAUCGGACACGACAUCCACCAGCUCACUGCCCGCGACCUCACCGCCUACAUGCUCACAUACCUCAAGCAGACAGGCUACACGGCCGUCACAAUGGGCGAGUGCAUGAACGACCCAGAGGCCAACUGGUACCGCUCCUCCACCCCCGGCGGUACAAACCCCGUCACCACCUCCGCUACCCGCUCAACCGCUGUUUCCUCCUCGACUCGCGCCAGCACAGGCCCAGCUUCUUCUCCCACAGGCAAGACCUCGACCGACGGCACCUGCGGUGGCACAGGCGGCUUCAGCUGCAUCGGCUUCUCCGGCGGGCAGUGCUGCUCGCAGUACGGAUGGUGCGGCGCCUCGACCGACCACUGCUCGACUGGCUGCCAAUCCGCCUUCGGCCAGUGCGGAUCCUCUUCCCCCGUCACUACAUCCCGUGCUUCCACCACAGCGACGUCCAUCCGCUCUACUAGCACGACCACUCGCGCUACUUCUACUACUACCCGCGCCUCUUCUACCACCGUCCGCACCUCUGCUUCCGCCACUGCGACCAGGAAAGCGUCAGUUGACGGGACAUGCGGCGGCACUAAUGCGUACUCUUGCGUUGGCUUUUCCGGCGGUCAGUGCUGCUCGCAAUACGGGUGGUGCGGCUCUAGUACUGCGCAUUGCUCGACGGGAUGCAAUUCCGCGUUUGGCAUUUGCGGGUAG